AUGACGAUCGAGAGACGCGUCGACGGGAUGAGGCACAGCAGUUCUUGGCCCGAUCGGAUGCACCGGACGGUGAGGGUGCGCGUCGAUCCUCUAUCUCGCGCCUUCACUAUCAUCCCUACGAGCCGCGAAACGCUGUAUCGAUCGGAAGAGACCGCGCCGCGAUCCAAUCGUCCGGAAGAAGUCGUCCCGCUGGAUCGAUGCGGAGAGAUCGUAAAGAUGAAACGGAGAUUAGUCGACGACGGGCCGGCGCUCGUGGACGAAAAGAGCCACCCGGGGAACCGUUAUUUCAUGUCGCGCAGCCUCUCCUCGACCAACGUGAUUCACCGAAUGAACGACGCGCCGAAUGCCUUUCGCGAUCAGAUCAGGUGCAAGUCGGACAUCCUCGUGGCGCCGCGGUGCGCCAAGAGAGCGUCCGAAGCACGGAGAAUGGACGUCGUCCCCGAGCGAGACGAAGACCGCAGAUCGGAGGCCUUUGAUGUUGUGGUAAACGUCGCGGAUCAAAGGCCGCGUAUCGUACAAAUAAACGGUAAUUCGCGAGAAGCGAGGCGUCACAACGCGUCGCCGCCGCAGAUCGAGAUAGUCGACUACGACGACUACGUGACAUCCUUCGUCCUGCCGAGGAGGCAUCACGCCUGCUCCAAGUGCACGUCCGAGGACGACCUGCGCUCACUGGUGGACCCAUUUCGUUCCCCUUCGCAAGGCAAGAAGAACGACGGCGCGCGUAGACGCGACGAUUCGUACGGCCGCAAAAAGUCUCGCGCCGAACGUCAAGGCAAGGACACCUGGUACGAGGAGCGUCUAAUCAGCGCGGCGAGAAACGAGGACGGUAAAAAGCCGACGGAGCGAUUGGCGGAUCUCAGGAAGGAGGCUACCCUCAAGCGACAUUAUUAUCCUGAGGGCGGCUGGGGAUAUGUCAUUGUCACGUGCUCAAUGCUGGUGCAUUUUCUCGGGGUAGGUCUGCAGCUCGCCGCGCCCGGAACCUGGCAUAGCACCGCCGAACUCCAGUUCCUACAUCCCCCGCUGCACAGCGCAGAUCUUGCGACUAGACGGCAGAUGCGAUGUCGGGGGAUGCGGCCGAUACUAUACCGGGAGGUCGACUUGAAAAGAUUGUGAUAUAGCGGAACGUGGUCGGCCCCGAACAGUAUUUCGGUGAGUGAGAAAAAUGGGCACAGCAAAUAAAAGACGAAGGAAAUAAAGAUUUAAGGUGGCGGGUGGUAUUCGUAGAACCCGUUUGAAUCAAUGCGAUUUACCGUAGAUUUCUGCACGCGGAUAUUUACAUAUGUGCCGUCAAGCAAAAUAGACUGCUGCAAAAAAAUUAGAAUUUCAACAAACACUAGUAUUAUACAAUAAAGUAUUAAAAAUAUGCUUAGUAAAUUUUAAUAGAUUCUCUGAACAGAUUC